CACCAAUUCAAUGGCAGCAUUUUUUAACGUAUUGACUUCAAACAUGAAUACGAACAAACCAAUGCAGGACAUGGAGGUUCAACCCUUCCCAACGGAUAGUAUAUCAGAAAUCCAAUUUUCACCGCAGGCAGAUUUUCUGGCAGCAUCGUCAUGGGACAACAAUGUUCGUAUAUAUGAGAUCCAGUCAAAUGGAACAAGCAUCGCAAAAACUAUGUACUCACAUACUGCGCCAGUAUUAUGUUGUGCGUGGAGUAAGGAUGGAACGAAGCUCGCCUCGGGUGGCGCAGAUAAGAUCGGAAAACUUUUUGAUGUUUCAACAGGACAAUCAACACAAGUAGCACAGCAUGAUGCGCCAAUCAAGGAAGUGUGUUGGGUGGAUGGACAGAGUCCCAUAUUGGCGACUGGAAGCUGGGAUAAGACAAUUAAAUAUUGGGACGCACGUCAACCCACACCAAUCUCAUCGAUCACACUUCCAGAGCGUCUUUACACCAUGGACAGUGUCUUUCCGUUGCUUGUUGCUGGAACUGCUGAUCGUCACGUGCUAGUCUAUAACCUUAGCAACCCUACGACGCCAUUCAAGUCCUUGACAAGUCCUCUAAAAUGGCAGACCAGGACGAUUGCCUGUUUUCCGAACGGAACUGGGUAUGGCAUAGGCAGCAUUGAGGGACGAGUAGCGAUUCAAUAUGUGGAAGAUAAGGAUGCAGCGAACAACUUUUCAUUCAAGUGCCACAGAGAAGGAGGGACGACAGCACGGGAUAAAGCAACCGUUUAUUCCGUUAACUGUAUUAAUUGGCAUCCAAUCCAUGGAACAUUUGCAACUGCAGGUGCUGAUGGAGUAUUUUCAUUCUGGGACAAAGAUUCGAGGCAGAAACUCAAGUCGUUCCCUAAAGUUGGGAGUCCCAUUUCCUCGACAUGUUUUAACCGCAAUGGAACAAUAUUUGCCUAUGCGAUAAGUUACGACUGGCACAAUGGCCAUACGGGUGCUUCACCGCAGAGUCCAAACAAGAUCAUGCUGCACUCAGUCAAUGAAGUUGAUGUGAAGCCAAGGAAACGUUAAGUGUAUUAUAAAUUUAGCGAGAAAAGUCGUACAAUUCUCCCCUUCUGUCAACUCUUUACAUUUUGGCAUAUCUACAGGCCGUUACUGCUCUUGACUCCACCCUUCUCUUCCC